CGCGGAGCGGACAGCGCGGCAGCUAUGCGAUGGUUAGCCACGGAACCCGGAAGUAGGCUAGCCGUUGGCUAACAUUAGCUGCUAACACGUUUGUUCUCGUCGGGGGGGAACCGACCGCCACCUCUCGAACAGGCGUCCGGUCCGAGCCGCCCGGCGGUGAACGCGAGUGACCGCGACCACGCGUACAGCCUCGCUAUGGGUCAGGACCGGGGCAAGUACGACUUCUACCUCGGCCUGGGGUUGGCCGUCAGCUCCAGCAUCUUCAUCGGGGGCAGCUUCAUCCUCAAGAAGAAAGGACUCCUGCGGCUGGCCAGGAAGGGCUCCACGCGGGCGGGCCAAGGUGGCCAUGCAUAUCUAAAGGAAUGGCUCUGGUGGGCGGGUUUACUAUCAAUGGGAGCCGGUGAAGCGGCUAACUUUGCAGCGUACGCCUUUGCUCCGGCGACCCUGGUGACCCCACUGGGAGCACUCAGCGUGCUGGUCAGCGCCGUGCUGUCCUCGCACUUCCUGACGGAGCGGCUGAACCUGCACGGGAAGCUGGGCUGCGUGCUCAGCAUCCUGGGCUCCACCACCAUGGUGAUCCACGCGCCGAAGGAGGAGGAGAUCAGCAGCCUGGAGCACAUGGCCGAGAAGCUGGUGGACCCGGGGUUUUUCAUCUUCGCCACCCUGGUCAUCAUCGUGGCGCUCAUCUUCAUCUUCGUGGUGGCUCCCCGUCACGGUCAGACCAACAUCCUGGUCUAUAUCACCAUCUGCUCGGUGAUCGGCGCCCUCUCGGUGUCCUGCGUCAAGGGGCUGGGCAUCGCCAUCAAGGAGGCGGUCGCCGGCCACAGCGUGGCGAGCAACCCGCUGUCGUGGAUCCUGCUUCUGGGCCUGGUGGCGUGCGUGAGCACGCAGAUCAACUACCUGAACAAGGCCCUGGACAUAUUCAACACCUCGCUGGUGACGCCCAUCUACUACGUGUUCUUCACCACGUCCGUGCUCAGCUGCUCCGCCAUCCUGUUCAAGGAGUGGGGUCACAUGGGCGCCGCCGACGUCAUCGGCACGCUCAGCGGCUUCCUCACCAUCAUCGUGGGCAUCUUCCUGCUGCACGCCUUCAAGGACGUCAGCGUCAGCCUGGCGUCCCUCGCCGUGUCCAUGAGGAAGGAGGAGCGUCCGUCCCCCGCCGCCGCCAACGGCACGGCGUCCCACUACGAGCUGCUGCUGCGCGGCGAGUCCCCCGAGGACAUGGAGAUGGGUCCGCCUUUCGAAAGCGUCUCCAGGAGGAACGGGGCGAUGACUUUGUGCGAUCAUUGAAGUCUUUUUCUUUUAGCUGACCGGCUGCGGCAGUUACGUUUACCUUUAGACAAUCAACUGUGUGGGGACGGGGACGGGGACAUUGGUGGGACUGGAGACGGACCAGCGGAUUGUAAUUAACGUUUGAUUUGCCUUACUUCUCUCAGACUGACCUGGUCAUCAGUUGGAACUUAAUUCCUCCGUAGCGCUGUAAAUACUGUUGUUUUUAAAAGAAAUGUUCCGUUAUAUCUACAUAUUCAUGCACUGAUUACUUUCUAUCAAUCAAUGAUGAACGGGUUUAAUAUAUAGACUGGAUUUAAAAAGUCACCAUGAUUGAGUUUUCGUGAUACUUGAAAGUUAAAAAAAAAAAAAACAUCUUUUGUUGGAAUUUGUUCUGAACUUUUCUUUUGUAGCAAAAACACAAAAGCUCUCGAUGAACCAACAGAUUUGUUACAUAUUUAUUGAAUUAAAAUGAUUAAAACAAGGCACAGUGAAUAAAUGCU